AUGUCUUUCCCCAGGAUUAGGCGACAACAAAAAUUCACCAGCGCCCGCCGGGGCAGCCUGUGCCUCAGGGAGCAUGCCACGGUCAGCGCGGCGUGGCGGUCAGCCAGCGGCAUCCCGAAAAGCCGGCUUCGACUAGAAAGGGGGUGGGGGGGGGCGUUGGACACCAGACAAGAGGAGGAGCGGCGGAUAGAGGAGGGGGCGGAGACGAUGGCUGCUGGACUCCUAAUGCACGGCACAUUGUCCUUCUUGUCAGGGCUCUCUGUGGCAAUCACGGGAUUCGACUGCGAUUCCGCGCGAGAGAUUUUGACUGAAAUGGCACCGGACAGCAGUGCGUUCGAUGCGUCCUCGGCGAUCAACAUGGGAUUUUCAGCGGGGCUGGUGACGGCUGUUCAGGCGGUGCUCCUGCGGCGGUUGAUUAAUGGGGCGCUUCUCCUCAACACGCUGCCCCUGACGUUCAUCGGCGUGGUGCUGUCCCUGAACGUCUUCUCCGUCUCCGUGCUGGCGGCCCUGGUGCCCGCCCUCGGUGCCUGCCUUUUCGGGCUCUCCCUGGCAAAACUCUGGAUGGAGCUGGCGGACUGUCGGCACGAAACGUCGGUGCGAGAGCCUGACGACGACCGCGAAUCCUCACGCUCGUGGAAAUGGACAGGCGUUCUGUCGGUGGCGAGCCUUACGGGCGGGCUGCUCUCCGGGAGCUGCCCCCCGCCCGGCCCGGCUUUCAUGGUAGUGCUCCUGGCCGCGGGAGUCGGAGGCAGCGGCGACGCGCUGGCCGUUGGGGGCGGGGAGUGGAGGGCCACGGCAGCGCUAGUAACUUGCAGCGCGUCGCUGCUGCGCGUCGGCCUCCUUCUGUUGGAGAACGGAGCCGCCGUGGGGCCGCUGCCAGAGGGCGCUGCCGGCGGCGGCGGCGGCGGCGCGCGGGGGGCGUACGGCAAGGUGGCCGCGGACGACCGGGAGGCCCACGAGGUGGAGCUUAGGCCGUUCGUGGGCAAGGGCACCGACGACGAGAACGUUCGCGGGGACGAGGACUACCUGGACGAGGAGGACGGCUACCUCGCGGAUGAGGGGGAAACGGAACGCAGCGCCAGCAGAAGCAGCAGCAAGAGGGGAGGGGGGGGUCAAGUUGAGUAUUCCACGUUGCCCCCGGCGAGGCGUUCGUCUUCGGGGCCGCCUCGAAGGGGCGUGAGCAGUACGGGGGCGGGGGCGAGCGGCGCAGCAGCUCCGCCAGCUGCGGUUGUGGGCAAAGAGAAGAUGAAGGAAGCCCCGCCGGCUAAAUCUAUGUUUCCUGCCGGGCACACUGUCGAGUUGUGAGGACAGGAAAGAUGUCUGGCUUUUGUGCCCGCCCGUGCGUCGGUGGUCUGUGCUUCUGGCCGUGGACCUAGCCGGCCGCAUGGCUGCAGCAGUAUUGUACAAAGCCUUUUUUUAUUUUUUUUAUUUCAGAUUGUUCUAUCUCCAUUAUGCCGUCGGUCCCCGGCGCAAUGUUCUAGGGCUUGCCCCUGGUAGUGCCGUACGAUGGUCUCUGGGAGAGUUUCCCUCUGGAGGGGUUGGCGCUCGUUGUGCAGCGCGCGUCCUGGAUGUUAUACACCUGACUUGAAUCCUCGUGGUGCGUUUGACGCUCAUUUCCUGGGUGCGCGCUGCUGUCUUUACGGGUUAAGAUUAGACUAAGCCCGAAAGCUGAGUUAUCAACAGCCUGAAUUCCUUGUGCCUUGAGAAUAAUUCUUUCGCCUUCCCAUUGCCUUUUGUCUUCCUCAUAUAGUUUCCGGGGAGUAGUCAAAUGUGUAUGUAUUUCCAGUAUUAUACUGGUAGUGCUGUAG